UGAUAGCCGUUCAAAUGGCUCUAAAAGCGGCAAUCGAGCUCAAUGUCUUCAACAUCAUUGCCAACGCAGGCCCUAAUGCUCAACUCUCUUGUGUGGAAAUUGUUUCCAAGAUUCCUACUACCAAUCCAAAUGCUGCCGUGGCUUUGGAUCGGAUACUAAGAAUGCUCACCUUCAACUCCAUUCUAACAGCGUCUCUGAGGCCAUGCAAGGAUGGAACCACGAUAAAGCAAGAAAGGACGUAUGGCUUAACGCCGAAGUCGUGCAGCCUAGUGACCGACAACGUUGAAGUUUCUUCAACACCGGCGGUGAAUUUCUGCACGGAAAGGGUAGUUGUGGAGAGCUUCUAUAUGCUCAAGUACGCAGUGCUUGAGGCGGAUUGUCAUCCUUUCCACAAGGCUCAUGGCGUAAAUGUGUUCGAGUAUUUGUCCAAGGAUCCAAGGUUGAGCCGAGAGUUCAACGAGGGUAUGACAAUUAACUCCAAAAUUGUAUUGGACAUGGUGCUAAAGGCCUAUAGGGGCGGUUUUGAAGAGACGAAAGAGAUUAUGGAUGUAGGGGGCAGCAUUGGAACUUCGGUUGUGAAGUUGGUUUCUGUUUAUCCACACAUUCGUGGAAUAAACUUCGAUUUGCCUCAUGUUAUUGCCGAUACUCCUGAGCAGCCAGGGGUGACCCAUGUGGCUGGAGAUAUGUUCGAGUCAUUACCGAAUGCAGAGACAAUUUUAUUGAAGUUUAUUUCCAUGACUGGGGUGACGAUGGGUGCAAGAAGGUGUUGAGAAAUUGCUGGAAGGCAUUGCCGGAAAAUGGGAAGGUAAUAGUUGUGGAGUAUGCUAUCCCUCAAGUACUGGGAAAUGACCCUCCAUCACUGAAUGCUACGGUAUCAGACUUAUACAUGAUGAUUUUGAACACUGGUGGCAAGGAGCGCACACUUGCUGAAUUUGAACAUCUUGCAAAGGCUGCGGGCUUUGCCCAAACUAAGGUGUUUCCCAUUGCACAUGGGAUUCAUGUUAUAGAGUUUUUAAAGAGCUGCUAGAGUACUAAAGUAAUUCCCUCCUCCUCCUC